UCGAGCAAAAAGCUAAGAGCUAGUAGCUAAAUAAAAUCUAAAAAUGGCUGCAUGUAAGCGAUUAGUUGUCGCUUGCUUUUUCUUAGUGUUGUUGCUAGCAGAAGCCAAUGCGCAAGGCUUGAAAGUAGGCUUCUACAGCAAAACAUGCCCACAUGCCGAGGGUAUUGUUAAAAAGGUCGUGUUUGCUGCCAUGAAGAAAGCGCCUACCCUUGGUGCUCCUUUGCUUAGAAUGUUCUUCCACGACUGCUUCGUUCGGGGAUGUGAUGGAUCAGUUUUGUUAGAUUCAUCUAACAAUCAAGCCGAGAAGAAUGCCGUUCCUAACCUAAGCCUUCGAGGGUUCGGCAUCAUAGACGAUUCCAAGGCAGCUCUAGAAAAAGUGUGCCCUGGCAUAGUUUCUUGCUCUGAUAUCCUAGCACUUGUCGCUAGGGACGCAAUGGUUGCACUUGAAGGACCAACGUGGGAAGUUGAAACGGGAAGAAGAGACGGCAGGGUUUCUAAUAUCAACGAGGUCAACUUGCCAUCACCUUUUGAUAACAUCGCCAAGCUUAUCACCGAUUUUCGCACAAAGGGACUCAACGAGAAAGAUCUAGUCGUUCUUUCAGGUGGACACACUAUUGGAAUGGGACAUUGUCCUCUAAUGUCAAACCGUCUUUACAACUUCACCGGAAGAGGAGACAGCGACCCAAGUUUGGACUCGGAGUACGCCACUAAUCUGAGGAAGAAAUGCAAGCCGACCGACACCACGACGGCUCUAGAGAUGGAUCCAGGAAGUUUCAAGACAUUCGACGUGAGCUACUUCAAGCUAGUGGCAAAGAGAAGAGGGCUUUUCCAGUCGGAUGCUGCUCUUUUGGACAACUCAAAGACUAGGGCUCAUGUCUUGGAGCAGGCACGUGGGUCAACCUUCUUUCAUGACUUUGGUGUCUCAAUGGUGAAAAUGGGUCGGACCGGAGUUCUUACUGGUCGGGCUGGGGAGAUCCGUAAGAUGUGUCGUGUUCCUAAUUAAUUAAGAGAUAUUCAAAAUGAAAAUAUAUCUUUUUUUUUGUAAAAGAAAAUGAAAAUAUAUCUCGGCGAGUUUAUUUCUUAUUUGCUUCUUUUCUUUAAACGUUGAUUAAAUGUGAUUUGUGUGGUCUUUGGAAUAAGAUGAAUUUAAUCUGUCAAACAAAUAAACCAUGUAUUUUUAUUUGUAUGAUUUAAUAGUAUUGAUUAUUGAAGGUUGUUCUGAAAAAAUAAUAAUUCAUAAUCUCAUAUAUGAUAUAUCACGUCAUCCCAUGCAGACUCGCAUUCGUCCACAUCUUUCAGCCAAGCCACGUAUCAAAACGAAUGUUAUUCUUCUUUUUUUUCCACUAGAAUUUUAUUAAGGGACUCGGCCCAAAAAAAGAACGAAGCCCAACAUACAACACAAACAUAAAAAUCAUAAAAGGCCAAACAACAGGCCACCAAACCGCAUAACUUAUGGGCCUCGAAGUCCAAGUGAGAAACCGUCGAGAAAGAUGCCAGCUCUACCACCACGUGUCCGGACGCCCGGCACCUAAUGAACACGCAUCACAAAUGGAAGGCACGAGCUUCCUCCGGAGUCAGAACGCAUGCACGCCGGAGCUCCGCCUUCAGCGAAGCCAACCUAGAGAAGAAGCCGCUCAAACAGAACAGCUCUGAAUCUCAAAACGACGAAACAUCUCCGAUAGAUCUACGAUUUGAAGAAGGGAUUGCAACUGCCUACGAUUGAAUCUAGAACUCGGAUCUUCCAACGAAGAAGAAAUCAGAGAAACAGAUCAAGAGGCGGAAGGACAGAGGAAGAACGAAAGCAUAGAUCAACCAUAACCGGUAUUAAACCGGUGAUAAACCGGCGAAGACGGUGUAAGAGGAUCAUCUCUUUCCGGAGACUAAAGCCGGCGGAGAAAGUGUUAUGUAAACCACCUCUUCCCAGAGACAAAGCCCGAAUCAUUGAGAGACUACAACCGGAAAGGAUCCGGUGACUUUACUACACAACGAAGCCGGAAAGAAGAAUCGCCGGCAUCAACCAAAAAAACUCAACCGCUUUCUCAUCUUCUUUUUUGUGAAAGAUAUAGAGAGAGAACAGAGAUGAGAGAGAAAGUGGUUCCAAAACGAAUGUUAUUCAUUAGAUGUUUUUUUUGGUGUUUAUUUAUUUCAAAAUAAAAUGAAAGUAGUCUGA